ACCUACACUUGAUCGAUAAUGUAUGUUUGUCCUUUAUUACCGUCUAGUAUUAAGCGACGACUCAUCAAAUAACGUGAGGUUUAUAGCAAAACAUCUGGUUGAAUCGAAAGAUAAAGUAUCCUUUGUAAUAACUUUACUCCAGCCAUAACAAGAACAAGGAUAUUUAUAUCAAACUGCUAAAGCACGUCAGUUAGCGAAACCGAUACCUUAGAUUGAAACGAUUACAAUGGAUGGAAAACUCUCUCAAAGUGACAAGGAGCAACUGGAGGAUUUCGUAGGUCUCGGUCCCCGUCGUUUUACCCUGCUUUACAGCAUCACACGAGAUGGUUGCUCAUCAGCUACGUUCCACCAAAGGUGUGACUACCAGGGACCAACUGUCACCGUGUUAUAUAACCAACAAGGCUCCGUAUACGGUGGUUACACCUCGGCUAGUUGGUCAAGUAUUGGAACAACCACAAGAGACGACAAGGCGUUUCUGUUUCAGCUUCAAUUUUCUGGUAGCAGUAGGCCAAAUAAGUUUUCAAUAACAAAUACUGCAUACAGUAUAUACUGCCAUGCAUCGAAUGGUCCAGUGUUUGGUGGAAAUGCAGGGUAUGACCUUAAUUGCUUUUCUGGAACCAUAAAUAAAUCAGGGGCGUAUUACCAACUGAACGGAGGCAAUUCCUUUGGAACAAAUUACUCCAUGUCAGGAGUAUCAUCAUGGAACGGGAUACACAAUGGGAAUUUGCAAGUUACUGAAUUAGAAGUAUACAGCGUCUGUGUUCAGCCAUCUACUACAAGCGCAUCAACAGGAACUGACGACAAGGAGUGCGAAGCGUGGGGAAGGCAUCCAGAGUUUGGCGAUGAGCUGCGACAAGAACUUUUACAAGAAAUCGCUUCAAUGCAGCCAUACUCGGAACUAAAACUCCAGGAAUACAGAGUCUUGCUCAUCGGCCCUGUCGGCGCUGGAAAGUCCAGCUUUGUAAACACUGUGUGCUCCGCGUUUAGAGGCAGAAUUGUCCAGAGAGCGACCUGCGGAGACCAGCAACAUAGCUUUACUAAAUCUUAUCAAGCAUAUAAUGUGAAGACGCAGAAGAAUGCACCUCUCCAUUUCCGCCUGUGUGACACUCGCGGUCUGGAGCCAGAUCUGGGGAUCAACAUGAAAGAGUUUGACUACCUUGUGAACGGUCACGUGCCCGAGAAAUACGAGUUUAACGCGGAGUCUUCAAUUUCAUUGGAGGAUAAAAUGUUCGUAGUGAAACCAUCGUUAGCAGAGAAGGUACAUUGCGUCGUUUUUGUUCUCGAUGCUUCAACUUUGGAUAAACUCGACCCAGGUGUGAUUAUAAAAAUGAAGGAGUUCGUCAAAAUUACCGCAAGAGGAAACACAAAGCAAGCGUUACUUCUAACCAAGAUCGAUAUUGCCGACAACUACGUGAAGGAAAGUCCUCAACACGCUUUAAGUAGUUUUGCGAUACAAGAUGUCGUGGUGAAGGCUUCGAACAUGUUUGGCUUUCCGAGGUACAGUAUUCUGCCUGUUAAGAAUUAUGAGGAGGAGGCGGAGAUGCGAGAAGAUGUGGAUAUCUUGGCCCUUCUUGCUUUGCGCAAAAUAUUGCACUUCGCUGAGGACUAUAUGGAUGGCAUUUUGAACGACAGGGGUUUUGGCGCGGAAAGUUUUCUCUAUUCUGAGAGUGACGAUUUGGCUCUUGAGACUGAAGCUGCCUCGGAAUCCGCCUAAUUCAAAGCCGAGAACAUAUUUGUGUUUAAGUUGGAUACAACAUUUAACCAUUUCCUUUAUUUAAAUAUUAUUUGCACAUUAUUUUUGUUAAGAUGUCACCUUAUCAUUAUGUCGAGAAGAAUUGUCUAUUGUAAAUUUAGUAGGUGCAUUUUCUCAUCAUUUGGUACUAAGCAGGCUAUAUAUUGGUUGCAUGUUUCAGAUAACUUGUUCACUACACAGAUUAAACAUCGCUAUCUAAACUUACAAAUGUGUGUAUGGUAUUUCACCAGAAUAUGUUCAAAAGCUUUUAAGACGUGUAAUUUUCAUCUCAGAUAUGAAAGCUGUGUAUAUGGUCCAUCAGUAGGAAUAACUAAAUAUGGAAAGAACUAUAUUUGCUUUGAGGCCAGUCAGUUAUGGAUCAGUCUUCCAAAGGAAAUAAGGGUCUCCCAAAACUACCUGGAAUAUAGAAGGCUGAUCCGCACCUGGACAGGUCCCUCUUGUUAAUGCUCAAUGUGCAAAUACAACUUUAUUGCUUUAAAACAAGAAGAAUACAUUGAGAAUUAUAGGAUGCUUAUCAAUAUCUUUAAUCCUUUUGGAGGAGGAGUUUUGUGUACAGUGGCAUGGCCAACACCAACUGGACAAGAUAAGGCAAUCAAAUGCCAGAAAAGUUUUUAGCGGAAAUUUUAAAUAAAAAAAAAA